AUGCCUUCUAAUCACGCUGCGAAGCUGCCUUCCAAGUUGGCACGCUCCUUAGUUGUCUCCGAGGCCCCUUACCCCACGCCUUCAAAAGGCCAAAUCGUCAUUCGCAAUUGUGCAGUGGCCAUCAAUCCCAUUGAUUGGCUCAUCCAGUCCCGAGGCGACCUCGUAUUUCCUUGGUUGAAGUACUCUUCUACACUUGGGUUCGAUGCUGCAGGCGAGGUCGUCGAAAUUGGUGACGAAGUCACCCGCUUCAAAGUUGGUGACCGCGUACUUGGGCUAUGCCGUGGCACGGAAAAAGACGAGAAUGAGCCGUCGCAGGGCGCAUUCCAACACUACACAGUACUGCGAGAAAACUGGGUGUCUCAUAUCCGUGCCCCAGGUAUGUCUUUUGUCCAGGGAGCGACUCUACCUCUCGGUGUCGCAGCCGCAUCAGCAGCACUAUUUGAUAGCUCCUACCUCGGGCUUGACUUGCCCACGGUACCGGCACGCCCGUCAACAGGAAAGACAGUUCUUGUAUGGGGUGGAUCAUCUAGCGUAGGGUGCUGCGCUAUUCAGCUGGCCGUCGCCGCUGGCUACGAAGUAUUCACAACUGCUUCCCCAAAGAACCACGACCUAGUGCGCAGACUAGGAGCCUCAAGAGUAUGGGACUACAACAGCAGCACAGUAGUAGAUGAACUAGCAGAGGGCCUCAAAGGCAAGGUGGUUUCCGGCGCUGUUGCCAUAGGACCAGGCUCGGGGAAUAAAUGCAUGUGUGUGCUGGAGAAGGCUCCCAAAGGCGCGAACAAAUUUGUGGCCAUGGCCACGAUCCCAAUGCCAGACAGCGAGCCAAAUCGCAUGGGGAUGGUGUCGUCGGCGGCGUCGUACCUGACCAAAACAGCGACCUACGGUGCCAGAAGUAUGCUGAAUGGAAUCAAGUGGAACUAUGUGAGCAUGGACGGAAUGGCUGCAGCGGGCCUGAACAAGCAAAUAUUCGUUGACUACUUGCCAGAAGCUCUUGAAUCAGGGUCCUUCGUCCCGUCGCCAGAGCCACUGGUGGUCGGCCAUGGGUUGGAGACGAUCCAAGAGGCAUUCGAACUGCAGAAGAAAGGUGUUUCAGCUAAGAAGAUUGUGGUCACUCUUUAG